CCUUGUAAGAAUCGCAAAGAAAAGCCUACAAAAUUUUCGAGUGCACUUGAGAACAAAACAAUCUAUACUACAUGUAACAUGUUCUCAUUGAAUUCUCUUAACACCCAAAAUCAGAUUUUAGUAAGUGUUGGUCAGUUUUCGUCGCGCUACGCUAGUUUAUUUCGCACAAAAAAGCAAAACGGCGACAGAAACAAGGAUGUGAAAGGCAAAGAAAGUGCAGGAGCUUCGCAUAGUCCUGCGGCAUGCCCGGAGAGCUUCGAGGAGGCCUUACGGAACAUCGAUAAGAAUGUUGCAACAGAGAUGCGUAAUAUUAACGUCAAAUCCCUCGUCCCGUCGAUGAGAACUCCCAAAAGUUUCAAUAAUAUUUUGGAAUCAACCUCCAGCAAAAAGGUUUCCUACGUAUCCUCGGCUUCCUUCGAUCAAAACAAAAGAGGAUGGACACAUUCGAGGUCUCCUACUGUGACGGUCGACCUAAGCGGUAAAAAUGGUAAAUUCAGUGUAACUAGUAACUUUGUGGGCCUGCUGUCUAGAAGUCUAAUAGAUAAGUCAUUCAACUGCAACAUACAAGUCCGAGGUUUCAAAACAGAGAGAAGCAUUAAUGCUGACCUGAAGAGGAAUCCCAAUCUCAUUAACAGACUGCGUAAGUUUUUGGGGCUGAGUGCAACAGCAAAUGUUGAGAAGCAAUCGGGUCUGGGGCCGGAGGUGGUGCCCCGCCUGGAUAAGCUGCUCACCGAAGACAAUGUCCUCACGAACCAACAGAAGGAUAAAAUUAAAAUUGCCUUUGCAGAAGGAUAUUUAGCAGGCUCCCACCCCGAGAAUGUGCGCGGCACCAAGACAUCUAAGUACCUGAAGCUGGUGCAGCAGCUGCUGACCAUUGUGCUGUUCCUGGCCAUCUUUGUCAGCUUGAUGGCUUCUGUCAGCGGCACUGUCUUCCGGAUACAGCUGGGUAACCAGGUGGAGGUGGACCCCGAGGACAUCUCCGUCACCUUCGACGACGUGAAGGGCGCCGACGAGGCCAAGCAGGAGUUGAAGGAUGUGGUGGAGUUUCUGAAGUCCCCGGAGAAGUUCUCAUCUCUGGGCGGGAAGCUGCCGAAAGGCGUGCUGCUGGUGGGUCCGCCGGGCACGGGCAAGACGCUGCUGGCGCGCGCGGUGGCGGGCGAGGCGCGGGUGCCGUUCUUCCACGCCGCCGGACCCGAGUUCGACGAGAUACUAGUCGGUCAGGGCGCCAGGAGGGUGCGGGAUCUGUUUAAGGCGGCGAAGGAGCGCGCUCCGUGCGUGAUAUUCAUCGACGAGAUAGACUCCGUCGGCGCCAAGCGCACCAACAGCGUGCUGCACCCCUACGCCAAUCAGACAAUAAACCAGCUGCUGUCGGAGAUGGACGGGUUCCACCAGAACGAGGGCGUGAUCGUGCUCGGUGCCACCAACCGCCGCGACGAUCUCGACCCCGCGCUGCUCCGGCCCGGACGAUUCGACGUCGAGGUGAACGUGCCGGCACCGGACUACGUCGGUCGGCUGGAGAUCCUGCGGCUGUACGUGGCGCGCGUGCGGGCGCACCCCGGCCUGGACGUGGAGGCGCUGGCGCGGGGCACCACCGGCUUCACGGGCGCCGACCUCGAGAGCAUGGUGAACCAGGCGGCGCUGCGGGCCGCGGCCGAGGGCGCCGUCGCCGUCGGCAUGGCGCACCUCGAGGAGGCGCGCGACAAGGUGCUGAUGGGCCCCGCGCGCCGCACGCGCUUGCCCGACGACGAGGCCAACGCCAUCACCGCCAUACACGAGGGCGGCCACGCCGUCGUCGCCUACUACACCAAGGACGCGCACCCGCUGCACAAGGUGACGAUAAUCCCGCGCGGGCCGUCGCUGGGCCACACGGCGUACAUCCCGGCCAAGGAGCGCUACCACGUCACCAAGCAGCAGCUGCUCGCCAUGAUGGACACCAUGAUGGGCGGCCGCGCCGCUGAGGAGCUCGUCUACGGCCCCGAAAAGAUCACCUCAGGCGCGUCGUCUGACCUGAAGCAGGCGACGUCGAUCGCCAACCACAUGGUGCGCGAGUGGGGCAUGAGCGAGAAGGUGGGGCUGCGGACCCUGGAGCCCCCGCGCGGCCUCACGCCUUCGGACCAGCUCGGGCCCUAUACCAAUGAGCUUGUGGACGCGGAGAUCAAGAAGAUCCUGUCGGAGAGCUACGAGCGCGCGAAGGCGAUCCUCAAGGCGCACGCCAAGGAGCACAAGGCGCUCUCCGACGCCCUGCUUAAGUACGAAACGCUGGACGCGGACGACAUCAAGGCGAUCAUGAACGGUGACAAGAUCAGGAGCGAUCGGCGCGCCGGAGUGGACACGCCCCCCGCGCCCGCGCCCACCCCCGCCCCCGCGCCCGCGCCGCUGCUCGGCGGACAGCGCGCGCCAGCGUAGAGUGCGCUGAAGGCCAACACUACUUUUUGUUCUAGAGGCGUCGAGCGUUGACACCGGCGCGGGCGGUCGGCGCGCGAGGAGUGGCUCAGAAAAUUUUGCAGGCCCCAUGUUGUUAAAUUAUACAAAAACAAAUAAAAAUAAGUAUAACUUCGUUGAA